UCAAAACUUGUUUGCAUUGCGUAUGCGUGUGCACAGCGUGUGCUCUCCGGUUUUCCUUCGCAACUAAGUAGCCACACACACCCACCCAAUGACCUUCCCCUUCCUUUCUUCCUUCCUUCCUUCCUUCCUUCCUUCCUUCCUUCUAGUUUCUUUUCUUUUUUUUUUUUUUAAAAAAAGAAAAAUUCAUUUCACACUUCAUUUCCUUAUUAUAUUCUGCAACAGCAAGCUGUGAUCUCUUUACGGAUCCUCUUGUGCAAUUGACUUGAUUGCAGGUAAUUGAUUUGUUUCUACUCCAAAUUUUCAUCAAUGGCCAGAGACAUCAUGCAGCUUUCCAUCUGCAAGCGAAGCAGUUCCGUGAAAUCCUCGCGCAUGCGAGUUAUGAUAAAAAAAGUGGUGGCUAUGGAGAAAAAGCUAUCAAAGCUUAGGGCUGGAAAGAAUCGUGCAAAAGAGAAUCUGGAGAAGUACAUGGCAGUGGUAAAAGAGAAAGAAAUUAAAUGUGCCAAAUCUAGAAAGUUGAUUGAGCUCCUGUCAAAGGAAAAUGAAUGCAUCCAACAUUUCCUUGAUCUUGCUGUUCCUAUCAUUGACGCAGAAGACAAUGGUGACUUUGCUGGAGUUGAACUUCUUAAGCAGUCCAGUGAGUUGUUGGCCAAGCAGAUUGAUGAAAUCCAAGCUGAAAUCAUGAAUGGCCAACUCGAGUGAAAAUGGGGAUGCAUGCAAUGGCACCCACCUUUCAUUAUUGUUUAUCAUUAGUUUGGGUAAAAUAUGAUUGUUGUGGACAUGUUUGGCUUCUAUUUUUGAUUGGCUGCUUCGCUUCUGCUUACUCAUAUUGCUGCUUGUGAUUGUUAUAGACACCUGCCUUGUUUCUUAUCGUUGGUUUGAGUAUAAUAUGAUUGUUGUGGACAUGUUUGGCUUCUAUAUUUUGAUUCUGCCACAGUUCUGUUUAAUCAGAUUGCAGCUUAUCAUUGUUUUGGACACCUAUCUUUCAGCAUUGCUUAUCAUUAGUUUGAGUAUAAUAUGAUUGUUGUGGACAUGUUUGGCUUCUAUACUUUUUGGACACCUACCUUUCAUUAUUGCUUAUAAUUAGUUUGAGUUUAUUAUGAUUGUUGUGGACAUGCUCGAUUUCUGCCUCAAUUUAGUUUAAUCAGAUUGCUGCUUAUGUUCUAUUGCAACUAUCUUACAAAUGGUGUAUGUCUCCUCGGCUUCUUAUUGUUACUGCCAAAGCCAAACUAACAACUGUCUUAUAUAGAGUAACUAUGUCCCUUGAUGAAGUGAUGAUAUAUCAAUUUUCUAAAUUCUGCAAAGCACUGAGACACCUUUUUCAUUUUCUUGCAUUCAUUAUCUUCCUUUUUGGAAUUUCUGCCGUAGUUAUUCUAUUGAUAUGAAUAGUGUUUCAUCAGACAACUGAAUAAAUGAUACUGUAACUGAAGCCCUAGAUGUUAAUCUGGUCAAGAGUACUAGGGUUAGACUGCUAGUAGUAUCGUUUCUGUUUUGGUAUGUAGAGUCUCUAGAUUGAACCUAGACUGUAGUUGUAUCUAAGUAUGCAACAUUUACCCUUUUUGUCAGCGGUUAGACCAGCGGGCAGCUUGAUGAUGGGAAUAUGCAGAAAAUGAAUAAAGUUGUUGUUUUGGCAUCUGGUAUUUAAUGAGUCAUUUCUUAAAGUGGUCUUCAUUCUUCAUCCUAUUCUAAAUUGCA